AUGGCGUCGAGGACAGUCUCCGGCACCUUCAUCGACCGAGACAAAACUAGUGGCAUUCCUCUGAAGCCGUCCGACCACGCUUAUGCUGCCAGGGAGAGAGAUGAUACUUCUGCAAACCCCAGGAUCAGCAGGCCAGUGACAUUGAUUCGACCAGAAUACGAGGUUGUUGUGAUCGGAUCUGGCUAUGGAGGCGGAGUUGCAGCAAGUCGUUUUGCUCGAGCCGGCAAGUCAGUCGCCGUUCUGGAAUUCGGCCUGGAGAAAUGGCCCGGUGAAUAUCCAAGUAGCCUGCUGGAAGCCGCACCCGAAUUGCACGUCUCUGGCAACAUAGGCCAAGACGAGGAGCCAGUCGAAAAUAUAUCUCUGGGAAGACGGACUGGCUUGUACCAUUUGAUCUUAGGAGAGGGCCAGAAUGCUUUCGUUGCCAAUGGACUUGGUGGGACCUCCCUGCUCAAUGCCAAUAUAUUUCUCCGUGCAGAUGAGAGGACUUUGAGCAUGAAUGAGUGGCCAGUCGAGAUACGAAAUCAAAAGGAUUCUCUAGCGGAUUACUACAGCCGUGCAGAGCGGAUGCUACAGCCGUCGCCAUACCCUGAUUCCUACCCUCCUCUAAAGAAGCUCGAGGUUCUGGAGAAGCAAGCAAAAGCACUUGGGUUUGAGAACAACUUCUACCGCGUUCCUCAAACCACGUUCUGGGAAGAGAAGCGCAACAAUGCUGGGGUUGAAAUGAAGGCUUCGACUUCCUCCGGACAGGAUUGCACUGGAGUAAACGAUGGUUCGAAAAACUCAGUGUUGAUGAAUUAUCUGCCUGACGCGUGGAAUUGGGGAGCGGAAAUCUUCUGCGAGUGUGAGGUCAGGCACAUUCAGGUGCAUCCAAGCGGACGAGGCUAUCUAAUAUUUUUCGCAUGGCAUGCAGAUGGAAGGGACAGCUUCAAAGGUGCAUUUCACGACCAACUAAUGUGGGUGUGGGCGAAAGAGUUCUGCUUCCUUGGAGCUGGGGCACUAGGAACCACCGAGAUCUUGCUUCGCUCGCAGGCUCAUGGCUUGAAAGCAUCUCCGCUUGUUGGACAGAAGCUGAGCGGCAAUGGCGAUACGCUCUGCUUUGGCUACAAUACAGACGAAAUUGUAAAUGCCAUCGGCAAGGAGCGAUCUGAUCAGGACAAUCCUUGCGGGCCUACCAUCACCGGAGUCAUCGACAAUAGACAUCCCAAGACUUCGCCAGAGGUACUCGAUGGUUACGUGAUCGAGGAAGGUGCGAUUCCUCAAUCACUUGGAUCUCUCCUACAGCCCAUGCUUGAGCUAAUGCCAGGCAACCGGUAUCUCACCCCGUACAACAGCUGGCGCCAUUUCGCAUCUCGGAUGAGGUCUCGUCUCUUCGGGCCCUAUGCUAUCGGAGGCAGUGUCAACCGCACGCAGACUUAUUUGGUCAUGUCUCAUGAUAGCAAUGAGGGGAUCAUGACACUCUCCGGCGACAAAGCUUACUUGCAAUUCUUGGGUGUUAGCAAUACUAAGCAUGUUGCUUCUCUGGAGGACGUCCUUAGGAAGGCAACCAAUGCCAUUGGCGGCACUUUGAUCAACUCGCCUUUCUACGCAGCUUUCAACCAGCGUGAACAGAUCACAGUCCAUCCAAUCGGAGGCGCCAAGAUGAGUUCUGACGGUACUGGACGAUCGGGUGCGACCAACCACUUAGGCCAGGUCUUCAAAGGUGAAGGCGCGGAGAGUCAUGGUGGUCUUAUAUGCGUCGAUGCAUCUGUGAUACCAACCGCUCUGGGCGUAAAUCCAUUCGCAACUAUUACUGCCCUCGCCGAAAGAUCCUGCUCGUUGCUUUUAAAGGAGUCCAAUCUCGUCGAGGAUGAGAGUUCCAACGGUAAUCUGGACCUUCGUGGAUUCCCUCGGAAAGUUCAUGAGAUGAAUCUCAGCCAAAUUCAAGAGGUAAAAGCGAUCAAAGAUGCGACAAGUCAGCGUGGAAUCCGUUUCACCGAGAUUAUGGAUGGGUACGUCGAUGCUGGAAGUGAAAUCGACGAUUUUGUGGUUGCAUACAAACGAGCAAAGGGUUCCUCGAGCUCAGCUAGUCUGUAUGUCACUAUAGAUGCUUACAGCAUACAGAACCUGGUCGAGCGAGACGAUCACGCUUCAGUAGCGACCGGUACAUUGGCAUGCGCAGCUCUCUCAAAGGACCCACUCAUGAUACAGUAUGGAGACGUCCAAUUCUUCACACAGGACGAGACUGUUUCCGAUGCCGAAAACUUUGCCUACAAGCUCACUCUUCUGAGCACAGAGGGCAAGACCUACUUCUUCUACGGCUACAAGAAGAUGGACUCAUCCAUGACGCUUUCUGUACGGAACACUUGGAAAGCGACAACAACGCUAUACGUGACCAUCACGAAUGACGACGGUUCGAUAGCUGGUAGAGGUAUCAUGACCAUCAGUUGGCGAAACUUUGUGUCCCAGCUGGAGAGCUUCGGGUCGACAGGAGAGCCAACAAGCCUUGCCGACAAGCUAUUUGCACCUCUGAGGUUUGUCAGCUUCUUCGCGCAGAACACGGCCGCCUACUUCUUCAGUCCCUUUCGCAGCCUGCAAAGACCGAUCAACGACACUUCAGGAUUUCUCAAGAAAGCAGCUCCAGCUCGCAGUGUGAUUCUGACCGCGCAAGAUGACGUGCAAAUCUCGAUGAAGGUGUGGAAUCCUCAGGAAGGCAGGACCAAGCACACUAUGCCGCUGCUGUUCGUUCCAGGAGCUGCUGUGAACGAGACAGUCUUCUCACUGCCAACAAUCCCCAUCAACACGAUCGAUUACUUCACCGACCUCGGCUACCGGUGUUACGUCGUCGUUCCACGAUUCGGGAUUUCCAAGACAGCGUAUUUGGGGUAUACAGCUUACGAUGCUCGAUUGGACAUUCAAGCUGCGGUUGAAUAUAUCCGUCAAGAAGAAAGCGGUGUGAAGCCAUACAUCGUCUGCCAUUGUCUUGGAUCCAUCGCCACAGGCAUGGCUUUACUUACUGGUGCAGUAGAUGUGAGAUCUAUACGUGGAAUGACCUCGAGCCAAGUAUUCACCAACCUGAGAUUUGGUAAAGUCAACGCUCUGAAAUCUAGCACUCAGCUACUCACACAACUAUACGAGAGACUUGCCGGCUCCUGGUUCCCAUGCAGCACGACUUCAUCUUCCUCUCGCCUCGUCCAAAACCUCCUCGACCAGAUCCUCCGCCUCUAUCCCGUAGGCAGUGCAGACGAGAUCUGCAAUUCCAGCGUCUGUCAUCGAGGAAGUCUUGUUUUCGGCCGUCUCUGGCAGCACGCCAACCUCAACCGCGCAACUCAUGCUCAUCUGAACAAAUUCCUCGGUGGCAUCCACAUGAACUUCCUCUCCCAUCUCAUGCGCAUGGGCGCCGACUCACCACAUCAUCCACGGAGCAACGAGCCGGAUUUUGUAGACUUGGUCGAGGAUUCUGGGAACUUACAGAGAUUGAAGGGCUUGAGGAUACAGUUCAUCAGUGGGGGAGAGAACGUGGUGUUCUCGCCUUUGAGUACGAGUGAGAGCUAUGACUUGUUGAGGGAUGCUUUUGGUGAGGAUGGAUAUGUGAGAGUCGUGGUUGAUGGGUAUGGGCAUCUUGAUACUUGGAUGGGCAAGGCUAGUUUUAGAGACGUCUAUCCGCGCGUGCAGUGGCACAUUGAGGAGUGCGAAAGGCUUGAUACGAACCUGUGA